CUGAAAGUUUUGACUGCUAAACAUUUUUGAUAUUACAAAGAACCAAUAUAUUUUAUGCACAAGUGCACAUACAGACCAAGGCAUAAAUACAUGUACAAAAAAGUCCUUUUAUAAACUUAAAUAAAAGUAAUAUAUCCAAAGGUAUACUCACAUUGCACACCAGAAACGCAAGGCAUAUGAAAGAGGACUCGAGUUUUCUUACCACCAGCAUCUCUAGAUGUGAAAGUGAUUUAUCAUUUCUCAUAGCACCUUUUCCAGAUGCUAGAACCAAUCUCUGUACCCUUGGUGAUAGUGAACUUAAGUUGCUAUUGGUAGCAGAUGGCAGAGAAUGCUGCCUGGUUACCCCCUUUUUCUCUAUUACAUCACACGAAAAUCUUGGGGAGCCUUGUCCUCUAAGCUUUGCCUUAACAGAUUCAGUAGGUGCCAUAUAACUCAGCACUUUUGGCGUGCUAUAUAAACCAUUGGCUGUAUUAUCAAUCUUCUGAGGUAAAGAAGCUCUUCUUCGGCUUGCGUUCAACUUCUCACUGCUGAUAAUGCCAUCCUUAGAGCUUAACUGUUCAUCAGUUGUACGCACGUUCUCAACUCUACCAUUGCUUUCUGUAGGUUGCAAGUCUACAACAGGGGUGGUGUUUGAUUCUUCAACAGAAUCGCUUGCAGUCAACAGUUUUGGAUUGGCCUUAAGAUUUGAUGGUUUUGCUAAUGCAACACUAGCAACAUUCCUCUUCUCAGCAGAAAUGCAGAAUCUCCCUCAAAAACAUCUACCACAGAAGAAGCAGAAGUUUCCUUUAGAUUUUGAUUUGGAGUCUCAGUAUUCACUUCUGCCCUACCGGAGAUCUCAUUUGUAGAGUCAGGUAUUUUCCUUAAGUUGGGCUUAACCUUCCCAAUCUCAUUUUAGGGUUGUUCCUGAACUAGAUCAGCUGGGUUUGUGGAAACUUUCCUUGGAUUGUGUUUAUGUUUUCAUUCUCUGAAGUAGCACAAUUGCAGCCAUUUUCAACUUUUUCAUUGGACAGUUUCUGGAUAGUUUGUUUGGUCUUGCCUUGCUCAUGUUCAUUACGUUCUACCUUUACCUGAGACCUUGAGGCAAGAUUCCUAAUUAAAUGAGGUUCCUAGAAGCACAAUCUCAUCCAGUGUUCAAGCCACUCCCUUGUUGAAUUAGGUCCCCUGGCCCAUACUAAGGCUGUAAGGCAACACAGUAGGUGAUGAAGACAGAAGCUGAAAGCAAUGGAAAUGCAUAAUCACAUACAUAGCUUGGAACAAAAGCAGAUGGAACACAAUAAAACAUAAUAUUUAUUAGCUCAUAGAUCAUAAUUCUUGCCAUUCAUAACAAUCAAAAGGCAAACAAGUGUACUGACGUUGGGGAAUAGAUAUUAGGUCUGGAUAUGUCAAAAAAUUCAUCAGCAGCAUGGUUUUCUACUUUUAAGAUCAAGAACAAAAUUAGAUGUUCCUUGUGAAAUUUUUUUCAGGCAUAAAUAACAAGCUUUUAGCAGUUUCCAAUCAAACCAAUAACAUGACAGCUCCCCUUGCAUUACUUUCACAGAGCAAGGCAGUUUCCAGAAAAUGACCCCCAUUUCAUAUCAAAAUGUUGAUAAAAUGAACAAGACCAUACCUUCCUAACAAAACCAUUAUUAGAUAGAUUCUUCACUCUAGCUGACACACUUAAUACACUGGAGGAUUUAGCAACCUCUUCAGAAAAGAGAAAUUAAUAAAAGCUAGCUUAAAGCCAUGGCAUGAAGAAAUCAGCUAUUCAGAAACCCAUAAUACAUAUACAAGUAGGGGUAUACGAUGCUUUUGUCAGAUAGUUAACCUCAAUCUGAUAACAUCUAAAAAACUUUAUAGAACUAU